AUGGUGCGGCUGGCCGCACUGCUUGGUGUGCUGCUGCUCCUCCUCGCCGAUGCGCGCCGCACGCAGUCAAAGCACUGCACGGCAAUCCAGCUCGACGCAGGGACGACGCGGCUCGACCUCAAGGGUUGCGGCUUGGCGCGUGUGCCGGAGCACAUCGAUUGGUGCGCGCUCAAAUCUUUGACGUUUGUCGACAUGAGCCAGAACUUCCUCGAGCGCAUCCCGACGACGCUCGCUUGCGCGACCGCGAUCCGCGUGCUCUUCCUCUCCGCCAAUCCCGGCCUGAACCACGUGCCCAAAGUCGUCCGGUCGUUGCCCAGCCUCAAGAUGUAUGCUCAGCGCUCCUCCGGACUCACGAGCAUCACCGCGUCCGACUUCCCGCCGUCGCUCGAAUGGCUCAUCCUUAUGGACAACGCGCUCGAGUCUCUGCCCGAUCUCUCGAGCUUUCCGAUACGAAAGCUCAUGCUCUCGCACAACCGCCUGGCCUCGGUUGGCGCGCUGCCGCGCGCGCUCGAGAUGCUCAGCCUCGCCAACAACCGGCUGCGUUCGCUGCCCGAGAGCGUGCGGACCGCCGCGCGGCUGACCUGGGUGGUCCUCUCGUCGAACCCGCUGCUCGACGACGACGCGCCGCCAAAGCCGCGCCUCGCGGUCCCCGAGCUGCCGCUCGACCAGUUUCCGCGCUUGCAAACGCUGGCGACGAACCAGGAUAAGAGCGUCGUGCGCUCUGCAGUCGGCGGCCGGCGCGUCGCCAUCAAGUUCUUCGGCGCGCGCGACAGCAGCGGUCUGCCCCGGCACGAGGUGCGCAUGUGCGGCGCCGUCGGCGACCACCACCGCAACAUCAUCAACACGCUCGGAGUGCAACUCACCCCCGCGCGGCGUCCGGCGGUCGCACUUGAAUUCCUUGAUGCCGACGACGGCUGGGCUCCGAUGGGCGGGCGGCCCAACUUCGAGACAAUCACGCGCGGCACGUUCGGGCCGCAGCACGACCACUUCUCCGCCGCCGAGAUCGCGCACGUUGGCAUCCUUGUCGCGCGCGCGCUCGCCGAGCUGCACGCCUUGGGCAUCGUGCACGGCGACGUGGAGCAGCUGCUCGCGUGGGAGGUGCGGGCCUUUGGGCUGAUGCUCGACGAUAUGCUCAUCCACUCGCGACCGUUGAGAAACGCGCAGCUCAGCCGAGGGCUAAUUCAGCUCAAGACAGAGAUACUGGCUGGAGGCGCGCAGGCCGGCUUGACCCCGGUCGCCCGAAUGCUCAACGACUUAGUGGCAGGGUGGACUGCGGUACAGGGCAUAUGGCGAGACCCGAGCCGAACAGAGUGGAACGUCUUCGGGUUUGCGAACGACGACGAAGGCUCGUUUCUGUUUGAUUUCAGCCCCGCCGCUGCUACUUCGUAA